UUGUUUCAGGUUAUCACCUACAAGCUCAUCACUCCAUCAGUAGUAUCAGAGCGUUUGAAAGUCCGAGCAUCUCUCGCCAAGGCUGGGCUCCGUGAAUUGCAAGCUAAAGGCCUCGUGAAGUGCAUCGUCCACCAUGGAGGUCAGAUCGUGUAUACGCGAGCUACCAAGGAGGCAGAUGUCAUUGUUGAGUAA